CGGAUUGAUGCCUUCUACAUGAACAAUGCAACGUGUAUUCAGCUGACGUCAGUGAGCCAGAAUUAGCACUCCUAGGGAUUGUUCGCACUCGGGCGAACACCAUUCCAAAAUUCAGGGAACCAGACGGCGAGAUUGGUGUGCUCCUUAGCCCCGAACGAGCGCUCUACUAUGGAAUAAUGCUGCCUGUACUUGGUCGAAGUCUAUGGCUUAAGUGUGCUCUACUACGGCUACUCUUUACGCUGGGGCGAACACCAUUCCGAGAUUCGAGGAACCAGCAUACUGAGAUCGGAGGGCUCCUCGUUCCCAGACGAGUACUCUGCCAUGGAAUUAUGUCACCUGUAUUGGUCGAAGGUCUGUGGCUCAAGGCUGCUCUACUACGGCAAGUCUUUACACCGAGGCGAACACCAUUCCGAAGUCGAAUGUCGAGACGGGAGUGGCCCUGAUGCCCAGGUGAGCAUCCUGCCAUGGAAAUAUGUCGGCGUACUUGGUCGAAGUCUGAGGCUAAAGGUCGCUCUACUGUCCGGAUUCUCGACACCAAGGCGGACACCAUCCCGAAGUCGAAGGGAUCCAAUGUUGACAGGAGCGAUCGUCAUGCCCCAGAUGGGCAUUCCUGCCAUGGAGUUCCUCGAAGGAGAGGACCAUACCCCUCUUGCAAUACAUUCCCCCACGGGGUGAGAAAGCCAGAUUGGAUGCGAAAGGGGCUACAAAAUGGAACAGACUGAACAUUUGCAUACUAUAUCACAGAACUAAACUCACAUCUCAC